AUGUCAUUGAGUCAUUGUUGUCACUUUGGUGAGAGGUGGCGGUCACUUUCAAGAACUGACAAAAAAAAGGACUUUGCAAAAGAAAACUCAGCUUUAGAGUGGUCCAGCGUUGACCAGGUCUUUGCUACUGAGCAAGUGGUGGAGACGAUCAUCUUCCGCUAUCCAGAUGGAUCCUAUCUCACAGGUUUGGAUGGCAAUCCGCUGGGUCGGUCGGUGGCGAAGCCCUCGCCGCCCUUUUCCUUGAUGGACGGAGAGUUCAUCACCAGGAUCACCGGCUACAUCGAUACGUCGCAUGGUUCGCUGCAAAGUGUUCGCUUCCAUAGCAGCAAGGGCCGCAUCUCCAUGGACUACGGAUGCCAGGCGCCUCGGGGCAUGGCCUUUGCCUUUGCUGCGCCCCCGGGCACCGUGGUGGCGGCCUUCAGUCGGAAGGAAGGGAAGCCUUGUGGACGAAUUGAAGAGGCCAUUUGCAUCGCGCAUCCAAGUAGCCAGGACUUGGUGGUGACGGCAGAAGAGAAGCUUCGGCAGCUCUUGGAGCUUCCAGCUGAUUGGGAUCUCCUCUCCUUCUGCCGCGGCCAGCGCUUGCUCGGCCCCAUGGGGGGCCGGCAAAGCGGCACGGUCUGCGCCAAGCAUCGCUGUCCGGAGAUGAUCCAGGAGAUGCAAGGUCUUUUUGAUUCCACCUUCCGAAAGAUCUACACGCGCGACCGGCGGGGAGCUCCCUUGGCGGACCGGCUGAAGGUGACGGACGUGUACCGUGUCCUAAAUGAUCAGGUCUGGCGCGAGUAUUUGAGGCAUCGCGAACGCCUGCGCCUCCUUCGUUGGAACUGCCCCGCGCUGGAGGAGCAGGUGCCCAACGGCCCUGCAACGCACGCCUUUUGUGAAUCCCUGCGGCGCAUGGGCCGCAGUCGCUUGCCACACUUGGACUCUCAAGUUGCUGAGUGUUGGCUCUUCCAUGGGACAAGCUUUGAAGCUGCAGCUGGCAUUGCGGAGAACGACUUUCGCCUGGACCUCACAGGCUCCAACGCGGGCACCCUGUACGGCAAGGGGAUUUACUUGGCUGAGAACGUGAGUAAGUCGGAUGAGUAUGGGGAAGGCCCUCGUGGCACACGGCCGGAGGAGGAAUCUGUGAAGGAAGAUCGUUCCCAGGUGCCCGUCCCUCCUGCGCCUGCCCACACCCGUGGAGCUGUGGAACCUUUGACUCGUCAUUCCGUGAUGCUGGUGUGCCGCACUCUCUUGGGCAAGGUGCUGUACAACGAUGAGGUGAACCCUUCACCUGAUGCCAUCCAGCGCAGCUGUUUGGCCAAGGGUGCGCCCUACGAUUCGGUGCUGGGCGAUCGGAGAAAGAUCCAUGGGACCUUCCGCGAGUUCGUCUUGUAUCACGAUGACCAGGUAUAUCCCGAGUUCAUCGUGGUCUAUGAGCGAAUCUACUUUCACGAGCGGUUCCAGGAUAUUUUUGGUCAGAUGGUGGAGCGAUGCAGGCGACGGCAGUUCCAGGGUCCCAGCGCCGAAGAGGAGAAGGUGUUGAAAUCCCUAUGGGAUCGCUAUGCCAUGCCACACCAGGGCCAGAUCGAUAAGUGGCAACUCCUGGAUUUGCUGAAGGCCAUCGACCAGCCCCCGGAAGAUGAAGAGGGUGAUCUGGACGAGACCUUUAGAGAGAUCAACACCGGUGGCAGCGGUCGCAUUACCUGGGAGGAAUUCCUGGCCGAAAUGACCGAUCGCGUGCAUCAUGCCUGCCGGUGA